UAUUGGUAAUCACAUUUUACAAUUCGGCAGUUUUGAGCAUGUUUUCAAUGUGUUUAAGUUGCUGCUCUAAUUCAUUGUAGGUGCGCUGGUGCUGUUUCUUCCCUCGGAGUUGUCACCAUGUCUCGCUUUAAUGAAACUAAAGAUUUCGGAGAUGCAGCCUCGUUCCUACGUCUCACCAACUUGGAGGCUUUGGCCGCCAGGACCCUGGCUUUUGAUGGUACAAAACGAGUCUGGAUCCCGGAUGAGAAGGAGGCUUACAUCGAGGUGGAAGUUAAAGAACUGGAUGGUGACAAAGCCACUGUGGAGACCAAAGAUGGAAGGACUUUGGUUGUGAAGGAGGAUGACAUUCAGCAGACGAACCCUCCGAAGUUUGACAUGAUUGAGGACAUGGCCAUGCUGACCAACCUCAAUGAAGCCUCUGUGCUUUUCAACCUCACUAGGCGCUACAGUAUGUGGAUGAUCUAUACCUACUCUGGGUUGUUCUGUGUGACAAUCAACCCAUAUAAGUAUCUUCCUGUCUAUUCGUCUGAUGUGAUCGCUGCCUACAAAGGCAAGAGGCGCAAUGAGACCCCGCCCCAUAUCUACGCCAUCGCUGACAACGCCUACAGUGAUAUGUUGCGCAAUCGUGAGAAUCAAUCCAUGCUUAUCACCGGAGAAUCCGGUGCUGGCAAAACAGUCAACACGAAACGUGUAAUUCAGUAUUUUGCCAUUGUAGCAGCCCUGGGUGAUGCAGCCAAGAAAGGAGGUACCUUAGAGGACCAGAUCAUUGCGGCUAACCCAGCCAUGGAGGCUUUUGGUAAUGCCAAAACACUGAGGAACGACAACUCCUCCCGAUUUGGCAAGUUCGUCAGGAUCCACUUUGGUCCUACAGGGAAACUGGCCUCUGCUGAUAUUGACAUAUAUCUUCUGGAGAAGUCCAGAGUGGUCUUUCAGCAGCCUGGAGAGAGGAGCUACCAUAUCUACUACCAGAUAUUAUCUCACAAGAAACCAGAGCUUCAAGACAUGUUGUUGAUUUCCACCAAUCCCUUCGACUACCACUUUUGCUCCCAGGGUGUGACAACAGUGGAGAACAUGAAUGACGAAGAGGAACUGUUGGCCACAGAUCAUGCUAUGGACAGUCUGUGCUUCACUCCUGAGGAGAAGUAUGGCUGCUAUAAAAUAGUGGGGGCCAUCAUGCACUUUGGCAACAUGAAGUUCAAGACGGUUCAGAGAGAGGAGCAAGCAGAAGCUGACGGCACUGAAAGUGCUGACAAAGCCUCCUACCUGAUGGGAAUCAGUUCAGCUGACCUCGUCAAAGGACUGCUGCACCCUCGGGUCAAAGUGGGGAACGAGUACAUCAUCAAGGGCCAGACUGUUGAGCAGGUGAACUAUUCAGUUGGAGCUCUAGCCAAAUCCACCUACGACCGCAUGUUCAAGUGGAUGGUGGGCCGGAUCAACAAGAGCCUCUACACGUCCCUGCCUCGCCAGUUCUUCAUCGGUGUGCUGGACAUUGCAGGGUUUGAGAUCUUCGAGUUCAACAACUUUGAGCAGCUGUGCAUCAACUUUACCAAUGAGAAACUGCAACAGUAUUUCAACCACCACAUGUUCAUCCUGGAGCAGGAGGAGUAUAAGAGGGAGGGUAUUGAGUGGACCUUCAUCGACUUUGGCCUGGAUCUACAAGCCUGUAUCAACCUCAUAGAGAAGUCCAUGGGCAUACUGUCCAUCCUGGAGGAAGAUUGCAUGUUUCCAAAGGCCACUGAUAUCAGCUUUAAGACCAAGCUGUAUGACAACCAUGUGGGCAAGUCUCCCAACUUCCUCAAGCCACGGCCUGACAAGAAACGCAAAUAUGAGACCCACUUUGAGCUGGUGCACUAUGCUGGAGUGGUACCAUACAACAUCAGUGGAUGGCUGGACAAAAACAAAGACCCCUUAAAUGAGACAAUAGUUACCUGUUUCCAGAAGUCAUCUAAUAAACUGUUCGCAAGCCUCUUUGAGAACUUCAUCAGUAGUGAUGCAGCUGCUGAUCCAAAGACCGAGGCCAAAGGGAAGAGGAGGAAAGGGGCCUCCUUCCAGACUGUGUCACAGCUUCACAAGGAAAAUCUGAACAAACUGAUGGCCAACCUACGCAGCACCCAGCCUCACUUUGUGCGUUGCAUUAUCCCGAAUGAGUCAAAGACUCCAGGGGGCAUGGACCCAUUCCAGGUCCUCCACCAGUUGCGGUGUAACGGAGUACUGGAGGGAAUCCGUAUCUGUAGGAAGGGCUUCCCUAACCGGAUCCUAUAUGCAGAGUUCAAACAACGCUAUCGUAUCCUGAACCCCAUGGCGAUCCCAGAGGACUCCUUUGUGGACAGCAGGAAGGCUGUGGAGAAGCUGCUGGGCUCCCUGGACAUCGACCACACCCAGUACAAGUUUGGAAACACCAAGGUGUUUUUCAAGGCAGGGCUGCUGGGCCUGCUGGAGGACAUGAGGGAUGAAAGGCUGUCGGAGAUCCUUACCAUGCUGCAGGCUAUGCUUCGGGGCAAACUCAUGAGGAUGGAGAGACGCAAGAUGAUGCACGAGAGAGAGGCUCUAGAGGUGAUCCAGUGGAACAUCCGGGCGUUUGCAGCGGUGAAGAACUGGCCAUGGAUGAUGCUGUUCUUCAAGCUCAGGCCUCUCCUGAGGAGUGCCACGGCCGAGAAGGAGCUGGCCGCCCUCAAGGAGGAGUUUGCCAAGCUGAAGGAGGCGUUUGACAAGUCGGAGGCCAAGCGCAAGGAGGUGGAGGAGAGGCAGGUGGCCCUGAUCCAGGAGAAGAAUGACCUGGCCCUGCAGCUGCAGGCAGAGCAGGACAACCUAGCGGAUGCAGAGGACCGCUGUGACCUGCUGAUCAAGGCCAAACUGCAGCUGGAGGCCAAGGUCAAAGAACUGAUGGAGAGACUGGAGGAUGAGGAGGAGAUGAACGCCAGCCUGACUGCCAAGAAACGCAAGCUGGAGGAGGAGUGUGCAGAGCUGAAGAAGGAUAUCGACGACCUGGAGAUCACCCUGGCCAAGGUGGAGAAGGAGAGACAUGCCACGGAGAACAAGGUGAAGAACCUGAUGGAGGAGAUGGGUGUUCUGGACGAGUCCAUCCUGAGCCUGACCAAAGAGAAGGCGGCUCUGCAGGAGGCCCACCAGCAGGCCCUGACUGACCUGCAGGUCGAGGAGGACAAGGUCAACAUGCUGAGCAAGGCCAAGGUCAAGCUGGAGCAGCAAGUGGACGAUUUGGAAGGUUCCUUGGAGCAGGAGAAGAAGGUGCGUAUGGAUCUGGAGCGGGUCAAGCGUAAGCUGGAGGGGGAUCUGAAGCUGUCCAUGGAGUCUGUCAUGGACCUGGAGAAUGACAAGCAGCAGCUGGAGGAGAAACUCAAGAAAAAAGACUUUGAAAUGAGUCAGUUCAGUUCGAAGGUGGAAGAUGAGCAAGCCCUAGUCAUUCAACUCCAAAAGAAAAUAAAGGAAUUGCAAACUCGUAUCGAGGAGGUGGAGGAGGAGUUGGAGGCGGAGAGAGUGUGGAGGACCAAGGCAGAGAAGCAGCGUGGCGACGUGUCCCGGGAGCUGGAGGAACUGAGUGAGAGACUGGAGGAGGCGGGCGGGGCCUCGGCCGCCCAGAUCGCCAUGAACAAGAAGCGCGAGCAGGACUUCCUGAAGAUGCGGAGAGACUUGGAGGAGGCGGGGCUUCACCACGAGGCCACAGCGACCGCCCUGAGGAGGAAGCACGCUGACAGCGUGGCGGAGCUGGGCGAGCAGAUUGAUAUGCUACAGCGCGUCAAACAGAAGCUGGAGAAGGAGAAGGCGGAGUACAGGAUGGAAGCAGAGGACCUGGCCUCUAACCUGGAGCACCUCUCCAAGGCCAAGGCUACCACAGAGAAGAUGUGUCAUCUGUAUGAGGACCAGAUGAACGAGGCCCGGGCCAAAGCAGAGGAGCUCCAGAGACAGCUGACUGACAUCAGCAACCAGAGAGCCUGCGCUGUCACAGAGAGCUCUGAGUACAGCCGUAGGCUGGAGGAGCGGGAGGCUAUGGUCAGUCAGCUACAGCGCACCAAGAUCUCCUUCAGCCAGAACACUGAGGAACUAAAGAAACAGCUGGAGGAGGAGAACAAGGCUAAGAAUGCCCUGGCCAAUGCCCUCCAGUCCUCCAGACAUGACUGUGACCUGCUGAGGGAGCAGUAUGAGGAGGAGCAGGAGGCCAAGUCUGAGCUGCAGCAGGCCCUAGCCAGGGCCAACGCUGAGGUGGCUCAGUGGAGGACCAAGUAUGAGAUCGAUGCCAUCCAGAGGACUGAGGAGCUGGAGGAAGCCAAGAAGAAGCUGGCGGUGCGUCUGCAGAACACUGAAGAGGCAGUGGAGGCAACUCAUGCUAAAUGCUCCUCUCUGGAGAAGACCAAGCACCAUCUGCAGACAGAGAUCGAAGACCUGAUUGUGGACCUGGAGCGCUCCAAUGCUGCUGCCCUUGCCCUGGACAAGAGACAACGCAACUUUGACAAGGUGCUGUCAGAGUGGAGGCAGAAGUAUGAGGAUUGCCAGUCGGCACUGGAGAGCUCUCAGAAGGAGUCUCGCAGCCUGAGCACUGAACUCUUCAAGCUGAAGAACUCCUACGAGGAGGCCAUAGACCACCUGGAGACAAUCAAACGGGAAAACAAGAACCUGCAAGAGGAGAUAGCUGACCUAGCUGACCAGAUCAGCCAGGGUGGGAAGACCAUCCACGAGCUGGAAAGGAUGAAGAAGGUUCUGGAUGUCGAGAAGAGUGACAUCAAGGCUGCUCUGGAGGAAGCUGAGGGCACCCUUGAGUAUGAGGAGAGCAAGACCCUACGUGUCCAACUGGAGCUGAACCAGUUCAAGUCUGAGGUCGACAGGAAGAUAGCCGAAAAGGACGAGGAAAUUGAUAACCUCCGCCGGAACCACCAGCGCUCCCUGGAGUCCCUGCAGACAACCCUGGAGGCUGAGGCCAGGUCCAGGAACGAGGCGGUACGGCUGAAGAAGAAGAUGGAGGGAGACAUGAACGAGAUGGAGGUCCAGCUGAACCAUGCCAACCGCCAUGCUGCCGAGUCCCAGAGACUACUUCACCAGCUGCAGGGCCAGACCAAGGACCUCCAGUUGGAGCUGGACGACCGCAUCCACCAGAAUAAGGAGCUGAAGGAGCAGUGGGGCCUGACGGAGCGCAGGAACAACCUGCUGGUGGCCGAGGUGGAGGAGCUAUGCACAGUGGUGGAGCAGACCGACCGCGGACGCAAGAUGGCCGAACAUGAGCUGCUGGAGGCCACUGAGAGAGUCAACCUGCUGCAUGCCCAGAACACAAGCCUGAUCAAUCAUAAGAAGAAGCUGGAGAGUGACCUGUCCAUGAUGGCUGGGGAGGUGGACGAGGCAGGACAGGAGUGCCGUAAUACAGAGGAAAAGGCCAAGAAGGCCAUCACAGAUGCAGCCAUGAUGGCAGAGGAGCUGAAGAAGGAGCAGGACACCAGCUCUCACCUGGAGAGGAUGAAGAAGAACAUGGAGCAGACCAUCAAGGACCUACAGCUCCGGCUGGACGAGGCCGAGCAGAUUGCCCUCAAAGGAGGGAAGAAACUGAUCCAGAAGCUGGAGAUCAGGGUGAGGGAUCUGGAGAGUGAGCUGUUGUGUGAGCAGAAGAAGAGCGAAGAGUUUCAGAAGGGAGUACGCAGAUAUGAGAGAAGGGUUAAGGAGCUCUCCUACCAGACUGAGGAGGACAGGAAGACCCUGCUGAGGAUGCAAGAGCUCAUUGACAAGCUGCAGGCUAAGGUCAAGAGCUACAAGAGGCAGGCUGAGGAGGCGGAGGAGCAGGUGAACUAUAACGCCACGAAGUACAGGAAGAAGGUUCAUGAGCUGGAUAAUGCCGAGGAGAGGGCAGACAUGGCUGAGACUCAGGUCAACACACUGCGUGUGACUGUGCGCACCCGGGACCCAGGGCCAGCCAAGGUGAGCCCUGAUUUCAGUUUAGUUAAAUCCACUCUAUAAUACGUUUAUGUCCAUGGAUAGCGCUUCAACCUUACUUGUCUUUUCAGAUUGCAGAAUGAAAUGGAAGCCUGGUAGUGUUCCUGUACAAAACUCUUUCAGAUGACUGCAAUGUGUGUUAAAGGUCCAAUGCAGCCGUUAUCUCUAUCAAAUCCUUUCUGGAUAAAAAUGUAGUACCUUACUGUGAUUGUUUUCAAUUCAAAUGGUCAGGCUCUUAGCAAAGAACAAUUUCUCAAGCAAUCAUUUUGCUAGGACUGUCUGGGAGUGGUCUGAGUGGGGAGGGGAAAACAAAACAGAAAA